AUGUCCGCAUUUCAGAUCUUUGCUAUCGAUAACACGAAAAGAGUCCCAGAGCAGAUUGCGUUCUUGACCAACUCUCGAGAACUGUAUAUCUCAAUGGACAUUGCGAUAAGGAGCCUAGGCAACCAGUUACCAUAUAGCGGGGGUCACGUACGGAACUCCAGAGCGAUAAGCAAAGUUCUUGACUUCCAAAUUGCAAGAUUAGAAGCAAAGAUUCCGGCUAUUGAAAAGGCUCUAGAAAAUAUGCUGAAUUACUGUGCCAAUUGCAGUGUAAAAGAACGAUUCGACAUCAUCAUGCGCGCCGGCGAGAGCGGGAUAAUCGUAGACCGAUUCCUGGAUAAUCUUGAUAAGAUUGGAUGUCUUACAAAAGAUCAAUGCGAGGAAGAGAAGAAGAAGCUCAACACGGUCAAAAAGCCCCCCUCCCGUUAA